AUGAGCGAAGAGAAAGAGAAAGAGAAGACGGGCUUCUGGGGGUUAUUUCGGGGUGGAACCCUGAGCCGGAAGCUCACGAAAUCAGGCAGAGACAGGCCUGGGAGGGUAAACGGAGGCAGCAAUGGAUCACCAUCUAGGAGGGAUCGCAGGCGGACAUCCUCGCCGCCUGCAGAGGUUACCAGCUCCAGGCGCCGGCCCCGGCGACCCAAGUCGGAGACGGUCAAAGGCAAGGGCCUCGACACAGCCAACGGUCACAGCCGGUCCUACGAACAACACGUUCCGCUGACCGAGUGGCCGCCCUUGGGCAUCAACAGCGACGAGGAGCUCACCCUCGGCCAGGCCAUGGAGCUCAUCUCGCGCGGCGUGCCCGUGCACCGCGGUCACAAACGGCCUAUCCCGCAUGCCUCGGACCACUAUUACGCACUUUUCGCAAAGACGGCCGGUCCCGGGCAUCGACGAGAUGAUGGAGACGAGGAAGGCGAAGCCACGGACGCGGCUGAUUCUCACGAAGCCAUGACCCAGCUUAUGACCCUUAAGCUCGGUGGCGCAUCGGGUAAAGGCCACCGACCGGAGCACCCGUGGGAGACGCUCGAGCAGCCGAGUUAUGCUUUCUGGUUUGGGGAUCGCCCGGGAACCGUGACGCUGAAUCGAUGGGCGGCCAUGGGGAGUGUGGUGCCCCCAUCGAUCGCGCUGCGAGAUUCGGGCGUUGCGCCGAGGGAGGUAGACUUGGCGCAGAUCUUCCAGAGGCUGAAGGAUCUCGAGAGAGGACUCGAGGACGAUGAUGAGGAGCUGAUGUACAGGAACCUGUACCGCAAGCUUCUCAAGGACCCGGACAAGUUCCUCAACCCGCACAAGACACUAGACAAGCAGAUCACGGACUUGAUCAUGGUGCUGUCGCGGCCAGACUGGAUCGAUUUUACCAACCCGCGCAACCAGAUCGUCACGCGCUUCAUCUUUGACACGGGCCAUACGAACCACCAACAGUAUGUCAAGUUCUUCCACCAGCUGCUGCUGACGCUCGAGCUGGACCUGCGCAUCAACUCGAAGCAGCACGGCGACUGGGCCAAGGAGAAGCUGCUGCAGGCGCUGCCGCCCACCAUACAGUGGGGGCUGGCCCUCUCGCGCAGGUGGCGCGACUUUGUGCGCGUCGAGGCCUUUGGCAAGACGGCCGACCAGGUCCGCCUCCGCCUCAAGCUCCGGCGGAGGCAGGUCAAGAUGCUCAAGCGCUUCGCGCAGAUCAUGAAGUGGCCCAACCUCGCGGCCACGGUCGCGGCGCUCAAGCAGCGCGACGCGGACUCGAGCCUCGACGCCAUCAGCUCGCACGCCAUGGCCUUCUUCAGCGGGCUCGUCAUGCCGGGCCCCACGUUCCCCUUCGUCAUGAUGAACUCGCUCAUCGACGUCGACCCGGACCCCGCGACCGACGACCUCGCGCUGCUGACGCACCUGCACCCGCACUGCGGGUUCCAGCACCGCAACAGCUACACGUACUGGACGUCGGCGUCGGUCGUCGGCAAGGUCCUCGCGCCGACGUGCCGCGAGGUCGGGGGCUGGGUGGGGCCCGCGCGGCCGACGGUCGACCUGUCCCGCUCGCAGAUCGCGCGCAUCCGCUCCCGCCGGCCGCGGCAGUCGGCCAUGUCGGCCGAGGACGUCAAGUCGAUGGCCGAGCGGUCGGACCCCCUCGGCCCGCCGACGCAGGUCUUCCCCGUGAAGGAGUACGCGCUCGUCGCCGACGACGACCUGGCUGCCGCCGGCGACCGCCACCGCCACCACCGCCGCCGCCACGAGGACCCCGUCGACACGGUGCGCAUCGAGAUGCUGUCCCUGCGGCCCGCGCCGGACAGGGCGUCGGAGCCGGGCCCCGCGUGGUGCGACGCGUCGGUGCAGUUCGCCAUCGACGGGGUCAGCUGGCCGCUGCGGCUCGCGUACGACGUCGAGUUUGUGUGCGCCUGGCCGUGCCGCGCGGGGCCGCACCCCUUGUUCUUCGACUACACGUACGCCACCGUGCGGGCGGACGAGGUCGUCGACGUGCGGGAGUGGGGGGUGCCGGGCGCGCUGGCGAGCAACAACGGCAGUAGCGGCGGCAGCGGCAGUAGCGCGGAUCGGCUGUCGCCGCCGCCGGCAGCGCGCCGUGGGAGUAGCCGGCCGCCGCCCGUCGUCAGCAAGGGCGGGGACGACGAGAAGGUGCUCGUCGUCGAGGCGUUUGGGGUCCCCGACAACGAGGUGCUGGCGCGGGCGUGGUGUGCGCACUGGGGGCUGAGUGCGGUCGUGGCGGAUGUUGGGCGGACCUGGUGA